CGUGAAUGAGGAACUGUAACACGAUUCAGUCCACACAGUAUAACACCCACUAAAGUUGGCAACAAAAGUCUGAUACAUUCCCACAGGUCAACGCAUCCAUUCAAUUUCAACGGGUGUUGUCUUUCUCUCUGCAUCCAUCCAGCGGUUUAGAAGCAUUCUCACCUCUUCAUCUCCAGAUUUCACCAGAAAACAUUUCGAUUUCACAAUGGCAGCGUUGGGUAACCGUGGAACUGUGACUGAGGCAUCAGGCUUCAAACCAGAGGAAGAUGCCCAGAAACUGCAUAGCGCUAUGAAAGGAACAGGCACCAACGAGGCAACCAUCAUCGAGAUCCUUGCUCAUCGCACUAUUGCUCAAAGGCAGAAAAUCAAAGAGGCUUUCAAACAGAGUUUUGGAAAGGAACUGGUUGAUAACUUGAAGUCAGAGCUUACUGGAAACUUUGAGAAGAUUGUGAUUGGUUUGAUGAUGCCAGCUCCGGUGUAUGAUGCGUAUGAACUGAGGAACGGCAUCAAGGGUGCAGGAACAGAGGAGGCAUGUCUUAUUGACAUCCUGGCCUCCAGAAGCAAUGCUGAGAUAAAGGAAAUUGUCGCUACUUACAAGAAAGAAUACGGCAAGAGUCUUGAGGAUGACAUCUGCAGUGACACUUCUGGAAUGUUCCAGAGGGUCUUGGUCUCUUUACUCACGGCUGGGCGUGAUGAGAGCACCAAGGUAGAUGAUGCUCAGGCUGUCAAGGAUGCAAAGGAAAUCUACGAGGCAGGUGAGGCUCACUGGGGAACUGAUGAGGUCAAGUUCCUCACCGUGCUGUGUGUGAGGAACAGGAAUCACUUAAUCCGAGUGUUUCAAGAGUAUCAGAAAAUUGCUGGUCGGAGCAUUGAAGACAGCAUUAAAAGAGAGAUGUCUGGGUGUUUGGAGGAUGUUUUUCUGGCAAUAGUGCAAUGCAUUAAAAACAAACCAGCAUUUUUUGCUGAAAGACUUUACAAGUCAAUGAAGGGUUUAGGCACCACAGAUAGCGUGCUGAUCAGGAUCAUGGUGGCUCGUGCCGAGAUCGACAUGGUCGACAUCAAGGCUGAGUUCCUUAAGAUGUAUGGAAAAACCCUUCACUCCUUUAUAAAGGGUGACGCAUCAGGCGAUUACCGUAAGAUUCUGCUUGAGUUGUGCGGAGGUGAAAAGUAGCUGCGUCAUGAGGGGCCGCCACAUUUGUCUCAUUCACUUUCUAUCUCGCACGUUAAUGGCCUAUACAGCAUUUCAAACACGUUCCUUCUUUGUAAUACUAAUUAAAACCAAGCAGCGAUGUCUUGAGUAGGAUUUGUGAUUUUUUUUGUUGUUGUUGUUAAUUGCCUUAAAAUUUAUGGGAGUCUUUUAUAGAUGCACUCAUCUUAGGGUUUGUCAAAUAAAUAACAGCCUAUAUUGACUGUAUUGACCUUUUGUUGUCUUGCUGGAUAUUUUUUAAUCUCCGUACUCUCAUUGAGUCCAUUUAUUUAAUUACUUAGAAUACAAUUUGUUUAAUGGUACAACAAUGUUUACUUGUUUCAAUUAUAGUAAUUGCUCAUGGUUGCUUGCACAGGCAUGUCAGAUCUACUGUAGUCUUUAUUUUGUUCGAUUAGAUGUUUGCUUCAAAGUGCAACAUGUUACACGAAUGAACUCUGUGAGAUUUGAAAGUGACAGACAAAAAGAGUUUAUUGACACUUUUACCACUAAGUGGCACCAUGCACAUACUUUUGGGCACGUGGGUGUCAGUCAGGGUAUACAAGUGGAAUUGUCAAUGGAUUAUUUUGUUGGUGAGAACGUUUUAGUUCUUUGUAGUUUCUGUCUUGCAUGAAGCAGAGACUUAAGAAAGCACUACUACAUUCUUUUGCUACACAAAAUAUUACUUUGAACUUUUCAACAAAAGGUUAAAGUAGGAGCUGAACCUUUAGAAAGUGUUGUCCGUACAAUUUAUAUGUUUGUUUUAUAUCUUGCAUGGUUUGCAAUUUGUGCAACUUUUUUUAUCAAAAUAUGGGAUUGUCUGAAUACAGUAAAAAAUAAAAGAUUUGUGCGAUUUCAUUAUUUUCUAGUUGU